UUCCUUCCCGUUUUUUUUGGUGCCAGCAAGCGGGAUACUGCAGAGAAACAAUAAGGAUCUUUACAGAAGUGAACAAUGCUCAGACUAGAGACCAUCCUUUGCACUUUUUCCGUGCUGUCUGUGGCCGCCAGAGCAGAUUUCAAGGCUCGGAAUUGCAGCGAGGUGAGGGAGGCUUGCGUCGGGAAAGGCUUCAGCUUCGCACAUGUUCCUCACCAGGAGAUCCCAGGUGAACAUCUCCGGGUAUGUCCUCAGGGAAACACAUGUUGUACCCAGGAAAUGGAGGACAAAUUUGGCCAGCAGAGUAAACAGGACUUUGAGAACCUGGUUGACGAAAUGAGUCACGAAUUGAGAAGCACCUUUGUUUCCAGGCAUAAAAGAUUUGAUGAAUUCUUCCUGGAGCUGCUGGAGAACACCGAGAGGUCCCUGAAUGAGAUGUUUGUGAGGACUUACGGCAAGCCGUACAUGCAGAACUCAGAGGUGUUUGAGAACCUGUUUGCUGAGCUGAAGCGCUAUUACACGGGAGGGAAUGUUAACCUGGAGGAGAUGCUUAAUGACUUUUGGUCGCGGCUGCUGGAGCGUAUGUUCACGCUGCUCAACUCCCAGUAUGUCAUCACCGAGGACUAUCUGGAGUGUAUCAGUAAGUACACCGACCAGCUCAAGCCCUUUGGAGACGUGCCCAGGAAGCUCAAGGCUCAGGUUACCCGUGCAUUCAUCGCAGCACGCACAUUUGUCCAAGGGCUCUCUGUCGGCCGGGAGGUGGCCCAGAGAGUGUCGAAGGUGAGCAGCACUCCAGCAUGCAUUCGGGCGCUGACGAAGAUGCUGUACUGCCCCUUUUGUCAGGGCAUGCCUGCAGUAAAACCCUGCAAGAAUUACUGCCUGAAUGUCAUGAAGGGCUGCCUGGCCAAUCAAGCCGAUUUGGAUCCGGAGUGGAACCAAUACAUCGAUGCCAUGCUGCUGGUGGCACAGAGGCUGGAGGGACCGUUCAACAUUGAAUCUGUCAUGGAGCCCAUUGAUGUCAAGAUUUCAGAGGCCAUCAUGAAUAUGCAAGAUAACAGUGCCCAGGUCUCCUACAGGGUUUUUCAAGGCUGUGGCCAGCCAAAACCCGCAGGAAUCACUAGGUCUGCUCGUGGUGUUGCGGAUGUGUUCAACGCCCGCUUCAGGCCCUACAGCCCAGAGGAGCGGCCUACCACUGCAGCUGGCACAAGCCUAGACAGACUGGUAAGGAGACAAAGCCGAUGCUGCUGUUUUCAGACGAGACACUGCCUCAGUGUAAACAUCAUUUGUCUUUCUGACUUGACACUGUUGAUUAAAGCUGGUGAUUUGCCAUCGUAA